AUGCGGCCUAAUCCUUUCCUUCGGACUCUCACUCUUCUCGUCCCAUACGUUGCUGCCUCGUUAACGCCUUGUCCCGACACAUCAAGCGCGGAGUACGACUACAUCGUUGUCGGGGCUGGCGCAGGUGGCGGACCGCUGGCGUCACGUCUCGCAAUAAAUGGCUUCAAAGUUCUGUUAAUGGACGCUGGCCACUACGUUUUCAAUGACAACACCACGGUUCCUCUGUACCUUGCUCGCGCCAACGAAGAUCCUCAGAUCGCGCUAGACUAUGAGGUUGCUCAUUAUCCGGCAUCGGGACCCGCCAAUGUAACGAUGUGGUACCCGCGCGGCUCCGCACUGGGCGGUUCGACCGUCAUGAAUGCUCUCAUUCACCUCCGACCCCACAAUUAUGACCUUGACACCAUGGCCACCAAGCUCAAAGACAAAUCCUGGUCCGCGUCAUCCAUGCGCAAAUACUUGAUUGAUAAAAUCGAAAACAACCUCUAUGUUCCCAAACUUAUUGGGCAGUUCCUCGAUUACGGGUAUGGUGGCUGGUUAAAUACGGAUUUCCCUCCUCUUAACCUUCUCCUCUCCUUGGGAAAUCUCGACGGGCAACUUCUCGAAAUCCUCACUUCCGUUAUCAGCGCGAUGUCCCCCGUUGCAGGAACCGAUUACAAUGGUGACAUCAACAACGACGGUGUCGAGGGCGGCGCAGCAGUCAUUUUAACCAAGGACCCAGCUCACAAUCGUUCUUCAGUCCGGGACCAUAUCGUCGCUACCCAACAGGCGUACCCUCAGAAACUCAAGCUUCAGACUGACACAUAUGCGACCAAGAUCCUGACCUGCUCUUCCGGCUCCGACAUCGUUGCCUAUGGUGUUGUUGCUGCCACUGGUCCUGCCCUCAUACCCGUCCAUCGCAUGUUCGCUGGGAAGCCUUCUGGUGGACUGAAAACAACCACCUUUACUGCGAAGCGCGAAGUCAUCGUCUCGGCGGGUACUUUCCAGACGCCGCAGUUGCUCAUGCUGUCUGGUAUUGGUCCUGCUGCUCAUCUACAGCAACACAAUAUCGCUGUCGUCAAGGACCUGCCAGGCGUCGGAGCCAACUUACAAGAUCGCAUUGAGAUGACUGUAGUUUGGGAAAUGAAGAAAAACCACACGCUCUUCAAUGGUUGCACCUUCAAAGACAGUGUGUCGCAGGACCCGUGUUUAGACCAGUGGUCCAAGACACACGACAACAUUUAUUCCGCUGGUCCUGCAGUUUGGGCACAUGCUUACCGCUCGAACCAAUCUCUGCCUUAUCUCGACAUUUGGUCAAUGUGGGGACCUGGCGCAUUUAAAGGCUACUACAAAGGCUAUCCGAUCACGCUGGCGAAAGAGGCCGUCAACCACUUCAACAACAUCAUUCUCAAAGCUCACACUUCGUCGAAAGGGUGGGUCCGUCUCACUGGCUCUGAUCCUCAGGAUGUCUUGGAGAUUAACAAGAACCAAUUCCAAGCACCAGAAGACCUUGUUGAUCUGGAAGCGACCAAGGAUGCCGUCAAACGAACGCGCGCAUUGUGGGCUGACAGGUCCGGGAUGAAUGGAAACUCCAUUUCCGAAACGUGGCCAGGACCGGAUGUCAAGACGGACGCCCAAAUACGGGACUUUAUUAUCAAGAAUGCCUGGGGACAUCAUGUUUGCUGUACUGCAGCAAUCGGACCUGACGGGGAUGCCAACGCCGUUCUAGACGCAAACUUCAAGGUUCGUGGGAUCAAGAACUUGCGGGUGGUUGACGCGAGUGCCUUCCCAUGGAUUCCUGGCAUGUUCAUGACCACAGCUAUUUACCAAAUUAGCGAGAAAGCUGCAGAUGCGGUAAUGGCUGACGCCGCUCGGUGA